AUAAGUCUUGAUACACCAAUUGAUCGAUAGGAUUGGGUUAGGCGAGGAUAGGACGAAGUCCCGAAAUUACAUCUAAAGCCUUAAAUCCGAUUUCACACAACCUAUACACGAUGAGCGUCCGGGUAGUUGCGCGGGUUCGUCCUCUUCUGAAAUCGGAACGGGAGUUGGAUGUCAUCCUGCGUACGGGUUCAUCAACCCAGGCAGUGCCUGGCAAGAGCGACAAAACUUCCGAGGAGAAAGGAGCACUGGCGGCUCUUAGGGAUAGGGAUACCCUCGUACGGAUCCCAAACCCGAAGAAUGAAGGCGAAGAGUACUCGUUUCAAUUCAAUGCUGUCUAUGAUGCGGAGGCUUCCCAGCAGGAGCUCUUCGAUGCAGAGGUUGCUCCUACUGUCAAGCACCUUUUCAACGGCUUCGAUGUAACGCUAUUCGCAUACGGAGUCACUGGGACUGGAAAGACGCACACAAUGCGAGGCGGUAAAAGCCUGGCUGAUCGUGGCGCCAUCCCCCGCCUCCUGAGCAGUAUAUACAGGCGCAGCCGAAAGAUGGAGAAGGACAGUGGCGGAGAAACCUCAGUCAAUGUCUCCCUAAGCUAUUACGAAAUCUACAACGACAAGGUCUUCGAUCUAUUUGAACCUCCGGAAAAGAGAACACUGGCGGGACUACCUCUUCGAGACAACGGCGGGAAGACAGUUGUCGUGGGUUUGACGGAGAGGCCGUGCCACAGUCUGAAGGAAUUUGAAAGCCUAUAUGAUCAAGCCAAUACCAACAGAUCCACAUCUGCGACGAAGCUGAAUGCUCACUCAUCGCGGUCUCAUGCCAUCCUCUGCGUGCGGGUCGCGGUCAGCACCGGGGAUAAAACGCGCAUUAGCACUGCAUCUGCUAUUGACCUUGCUGGCUCUGAGGAUAACCGCCGGACAGACAAUGAUAAAGAGCGCAUGGUUGAGUCAGCUAGUAUCAACAAGAGCCUUUUCGUCCUGGCUCAGUGCGUGGAGGCAAUCAGCAAGAAGCACUCGAGGAUACCAUACCGAGAGUCGAAGAUGACGAGGAUUCUGUCCCUAGGUCAGAACAAUGGGCUCACUGUGAUGAUCCUCAACCUUGCGCCGGUCAGGUCCUAUCAUCUGGACACAAUAAGCUCGCUCAAUUUCGCCAACCGCACGAAGAAGAUCGAAGUGCGCGAGGUGGAAAAUGAACCGAUGUUCAAGGGGCCUCCACGACCGGCGCCGCGUCCUUCGAUGACUACCCAGCGGCAACCUCUGCGACCACUGACAGCUUCGGUGAACGUGAACCUUACUACUGUAGUCAAGGACAAGGACACGACCAAGACACUCGAGAAGCCUGCGAAGGCCUUCCAUGUCUAUUCGGAUAAAUCACACCCGAGAAUCAUGGCGCAGUUCAAGAAGCCCGACGCCCCCAAGCGAACUUCUCUGAGCUCCGAUAUCUCGCGACUUUCAUCAAAGCCCACUCGUCUCACCCAACCUGCGCACCAGCCACAAAACCAUUACGAUGAUAUCUCCGCGGCUAAGAUCGAGGAGAUGGUGGAGAAAAAGGUUGAAGAAAUCCUGGCUGUACGAGCAGUCAGCGAACAAUCGAGGCAAACGCAGGUCCGCGAACUCAACAAGCAGGUUCAACGGCGCUUGGAGCUCCUUGAGCAACGUAUAGAGGGCACCGAAGACGCAAGAGCUGAAGGCUUAUCGUACUUGCUCAUGGCCAAGCAACACCAAGCCCGUGGUGAGGACAGUUUCGCGCUGAGGAUGUACCAGCUAGCGCUUCCUUACUUCCCUAAUAACGAGAAGCUAUCCAAGAAGAUCUCCACCUUGAAGGAGCGCAUGCAGGGCAAAUCCCGCGAGGACACCGACACCACCGGCACCAUUGCCAUUCCAGGAGCAAAGCGGGAGCUUGGCAGCAUGCUGUCUAUCAAGAAGCAACCCGCCAAGACCAACCUCAAGCGUUUCGCCGAGGACUCCGACGCGGACUAUGAGGAACAACAGGAAGAAGCCCUCGAACAAUUCAGCGACGAGGACCUCGAAGAAAUUGCUCAUUCAAGACGCAAGAAGCGCACGAGGACCAAGACCCCUAUGGAUGAUGACGCUGAUAUCAAUGAGCAACCGCCCUCCCCCAGAACCAUCCACCUCCUUUCCAUCAUCAACUCCCGAGACAUCAGCCAGAUCAAGCUGCUGAAAGGCGUCGGCGUCAAGAAAGCCGAGGCCAUCGUCGACUGCCUAUGCGAGAUGGACCAGCACACAGCCUGUCCCGACGACGAAGCACGUGUCCACAUCAACAGUCUUGCAGAAUUGAGCAAGCUCAAGGGCGUCGGCCUAAAGAGCGUCCAAAGCAUGCGAAACGGAGUCCUGGUCUAAACAGUACAGGCGUUGAUUGUUAACAGCUGCAUUUCCGGAGUCGGGGACAUCAUUUAUAUAUACAUUUCUGCCUGCCUGCCUUGUUGCAUUUCCUUUCUGAUUGGUUGAUAUCAUUCCCUGGGCUGCCUCGUUCUCGUUACGUUUACCCCUUCAUUGUACUUGCUUUCUCUAUGUGAUUUGUCACUGCCAUCAAGCGAGGGUGUUCAGGAGUUGAGAGAAUUGAAUUGUCUGGCAAUCUGCUCUGCGUGAUACACAUUUGUUUUGAAGAUACUCUGUCUAAGUAUAGCAUGUAUAUAGUCAUACCAUAGCACCGAAUCGAUAAGAUGCCCAC